AGUUUCCCGGUUGUGAAACUUUUUCUGAUAACAAUCUGGAGAGUCCGUGAUCAUUUGAGUUUAGAAUUGAGUUUAACUACCGAAUCGUUCCCGCAAUGGCGAAUCCACACCCCGCCUCUGAGGAGACACCAUCGAUGCCAGAUUACUACAACAAGCUCCCAAACUGCGAAUCGUUACGAGCGAAGCUUUGCAAUCUCGAUGACAGUUCUGAUUUCAGGCGUUGCCAGUACUAUCUCGGAAGUGAUGAGACGCGUAACUUUGUCGUCGAUUUCGAUGACAAUGGCGCCUGGUGUGCUUUUAACAUCGAGAAAGAUGAGCUAUCUGCAUUACUAGAUAGGAAUACAUCGAAACCUUUUGAGACCAGAUGGAUUAAUAUAUGGGCCCCUGAACGACAGGUAGAAUUGAUACAGGCCCUUACCACCCGUUACGAAAUGUCCCAUCGCCUCGGAGGGUUAAUGUGCUCGGAUCCUUCGCGAUCAAAAAAGAUCACUCCCGUAUCACCAAAGCUUGCGUGUGACAAGCCACACGCAGAGCAUAACGAGGGAGACGACCUUUCCGAAACCACCAGAUCGGGGGAUAUUGAAUCAGGAUCUCGUUUUGAAAAGCUUGCCUCAGUGGAAGGCCCCACAUCCCUUGAGAAAUCAAAAGAGUUCGACAUGAGUGGCUUCUCAUUCUCACAACUGGUAGACAAGAUUUGGCACUUUUCGUCAGUGGACUAUGGAAAUGAGUACACCUGUAUAGGAUACAAUUCUCUUUAUGUUGUUCCCAGUGUUGCAUUCAAGCAGCCCCCAGGUAGACCUGAUGGGAAGAGAGUUUGGUCUUGGCUUAUAGUGUGCACCGACGGGACUGUUAUCUCCAUCCAGGAAAACCCUUUUGCCCAGGAAACGUUGAGCCCCGACCAGAGACAAGCCGCCUUGAAAGUAAUCCGACGUAAUACUGGUCUGAUUCUUUCUGGGAUAUCAAAACAGCACAAAGAGAAAAAGAAGCAAAAUCCGCUCAUGAACACGCACAUUAGGAAUUUUUCUAAUGCUUCCUCAGAUAUGAGGAUCAAAGAGGGUGAAGGGCCCAGCUUGCUCUUCUACUAUAUCUUCGAUGAUUGGGUAACCAAUUAUGGCUUGGUCAUAGGAAGAGAGCAUUCGUACAGCUCCGCCCUUGAAAAGUUGAGAACCGAUAUGCUGGAAAAGCCCCAAGUAGACCUGAUAACGGACCUCCACGGGAUGGGAAGAGAGCUCGCGAUUUUAAAAAGACUAUAUCAGAGUUACGAGCUCAUUGCCACCAGAAUCCUUAAUCGACAGGGGCAGAUGAUGGAGCAAACGCGCAGAGUUAAUACACGAACGGCCAGUCAAGUCCGAGGCCUGCACAAAUAUACUUCCGAGCCCAUGCGAAACGAGAGUUGGAGAUCGUUUCCCACUGAAAGAGACUGUGACGAGAGUAUAGAAGAUUUCGGGUUACAACAGAUCGGAGGAGCGCCGUUGAAGGAAGCGGCACUCAACCGUAUCGAGCGGCUUGCCGACCGAAUAAGACUCUAUGCUUUGAGUGAAAUCGAGGAGUGUCUGAAUGAAAAGGAGACCCUUACAUUUUUGGUUUUCAACUUGAUCGCAAUCAAAGAUUCGCACGCUGUCGGAAAGCUAACCCGAAGCACUGUUCUACUUUCCAAGGUAACAAUUCUUUUUCUACCAGUGAGCCUGAUGACUAGUUAUUUUUCCACGGAGAUCGACGAUCUCAAGGCCUCUUAUACCGCCAAAAAUUAUUGGGUCUCCUUCGCAGUGAUCAUGUUCUUGUCCGCUGCAGGACUCUCUUUGUUCGGAUGGAUCCACAAUGUUAUUGGUGGCAAGUCAACACAUCGGUCUAUAAAAAGGCACUUCAUGCAGGCGCGGAAAGCUCUGCAGCAAAGGAGGGCGAAGAAUUACUCGUGA